AUGAAAGACCAAUGAAAAUACGAGUCUAUAGGCGGCUCUAGGAUCCAUCAUUUUCGCUUCGGGACGGCAUUUUCCCCCAUAUGCCCGUUCAAUGGCUUUGCGCAGACGGCGGUAUGCAAAGGAGUGCUCUGCUUUUCUCUGUGUUUUCAUCGAUAUCAACAAUGCCGCGGCGCUUCAAUCGGCUCCGUUAAGACGACGCGCUCCGCUCCGCAGUACGGCUGCCUUCUGCGCGGCGUUGCUGACAUUGUAACGCCGCCGGCAUUCGCACUCUUUUCAUUUUUUGAAACGGAAACAGUGAUUUUGACAAGUUGACCACCGCGAUAGGCGUGUUGCCUCCUGCGAUCAGAGGCGAUCCCCUGCGAAAUUGGCAAUCAUUUAUACCUUAAUCAAUGGCGGCCUGAGUUAAAGAUCUGCUUGGAUUCAGACACGCCGGAGUCAAACAAGACAUUUGUUUGACGCCAAAGGAGGAAGGCCCGACAAUGGGGGCGACCAAAAGCAAACCCAAGGAGCCGGGCCAGCGUUCCCGUAGCUUGGACGGGACCAUCGGCCCCUGCGGUGGCGGGGGGCACCACCUGAGCCCCGGGCCGCAGUCCCUGACGCCCACGCGGAGUCCGGGCAGGGACGGCACCCGCCGGGGCACUCAGCCACUGGUCAGCAACGCAGAGCUCGCCCUCUUUGGGGGGGUGGACCACCCUGGGACCAUCACCUCCCCACACAGAGGACAGCUAGCAGGGGGAGUCACCACUUUCGUGGCACUGUAUGACUACGAGUCACGCACAGCCGCAGACCUGUCUUUCAAGAAGGGCGAGCGCCUGCAGAUCGUCAAUAACACGAGAAAGUUGAACUGCAGAGAAGGGGACUGGUGGCUGGCUCGAUCCCUCACUUCAGGACAAAGCGGAUACAUUCCCAGCAACUACGUUGCUCCUUCGGACUCGAUCCAAGCAGAAGAGUGGUAUUUUGGCAGCAUCACCCGCCGGGACUCGGAGAGGCUGCUGCUGAGCUUGGAGAACAGGAGAGGCACCUUCCUCGUGAGGGAGAGCGAGACCACAAAGGGUGCCUACUGUCUGUCCGUCCUGGACUAUGACAACGUGAAAGGUCUCAACGUGAAGCAUUAUAAAAUCCGCAAACUGGACAGCGGAGGAUUCUACAUCACGUCACGAAUGCAGUUCAGCAACCUGCAACAGCUGGUCAUGCACUAUCGCAAGUAUGCAGAUGGGCUGUGUCACUGCCUGACAGAGGUGUGUCCCGUGCUGAAGCCCCAGACCCAGGGCCUGGCUCGGGACGCCUGGGAGAUCCCCCGCGAAUCACUGCGGCUGGAUGUUAAGCUGGGUCAGGGUUGCUUUGGGGAGGUCUGGAUGGGUACGUGGAAUGGUACGACGCGUGUGGCUAUCAAGACCUUGAAACCGGGAACCAUGUCCCCAGAGGCUUUCCUCCAGGAAGCCCAGGUCAUGAAGAAGCUCCGGCAUGAGAAACUGGUGCAGCUGUACGCAGUGGUUUCUGAGGAGCCCAUCUAUAUCGUCACAGAGUACAUGGGCCAAGGAAGCCUGCUGGACUUUCUCAAAGGAGAAAUGGGCAAGGUGCUGCGACUACCCCAACUAGUGGACAUGGCCUCACAGAUCGCCUCUGGAAUGGCUUACGUGGAGAGGAUGAACUACGUGCACAGAGACCUCAGGGCAGCCAACAUCCUCGUGGGAGACAACCUGGUCUGCAAAGUGGCCGACUUCGGCCUUGCACGGCUUAUCGAGGACAAUGAGUACACAGCCAGACAAGGAGCCAAGUUCCCCAUCAAGUGGACCGCUCCGGAAGCUGCGCUGUACGGUCGCUUCACCAUCAAAUCUGAUGUCUGGUCCUUUGGUGUCCUACUGACUGAGCUGGCCACCAAGGGAAGGGUACCAUACCCAGGAAUGGUGAACAGAGAGGUCCUGGAGCAGGUGGAGCGUGGCUACCGGAUGCCUUGCCCUGCCGAAUGCCCCGAGUCUCUGCAUGACCUGAUGCUGAGCUGCUGGCGUAAAGAGGCCGAGGAGAGACCCACCUUCGAGUACCUGCAGGGUUUCCUAGAGGACUACUUCACUUCCACGGAGCCCCAGUACCAGCCAGGGGAGAACCUUUAGGGAGGCAGGUCCCAUGUAGACUCAAUGGCAGAUAAGAGUGGGUGUUUAGCUGUGCCCUACCCCCACGAGACCCCUGGCAAGCCACUGCCAAUCCCGUUCGGCUCUCUUAUCUUAUACCACCUACAUCCCGAAACUGCCUCUGUCGUGAUGUCUGCCGUUGGAAACCGCCACCCCAUGCUGGGGGAUGAGUUCACUGCUGUAUAAUCGGAACCCUCAGAAUUGGCUGUUUUUUAUAAUAAUUAUUAUUAUUUGUGUGUUGUUUUGGGGUCAGGUGAUAGAAACUCUAAACGAUUUGACUUUCACAUCAACUUAUGUCGUGAGUCACAGAUCCUCAUCGACCUGUGGCCCCUUCCAUCCUCAAACCCCGCUCCACCCCUCUGCCCUCAGUCUCCGUCAGGUCUGUUGGCCCUGUCAAGCUUGCGAUGAGCCCUACGUUUCUCUGGUGACCACUAUCUCCAUCCUUGGUGUUGCUCUCACUCUUUCAGAUGCACAUUUUUUUUUCUUUGACAUUUAUCUUGUUUUUCUUUUUUUUUGGUUGGGGGGGGGGGGGGGAGUUGCAAAGUGAAAAACAACCCCCCCCCCAGUAUCUCCCAGCUCGACAAGGCAUUACUGAUCUCUGCCAUAUGAAACACAGGGUCAAUAUUUAGUCAUUUUUUUCCCCCCAGUACUGGAUUGACUGGAAUUCAGCAUUUGUUCAGACCAGCGGCAACGGUAGCUGUCCGUGGGAGGACUGAAGGUGAAGAUAGCAGCAUCUAGUCACUAGGAGGCUCAUGAAGAAGAACGAGGCAGGUGGAGGUGGAGUGGGGGGGGGGGGUACUACUAUUUUGUUAGAGCUUCCUCAAAGAAGAACCCACAAGGUUACUGAAAGUCAACAAGAGCUGCUGUGAUCAGCCUGUAGGAAUUCUGAGAAAACAACCCUGUGAAACUACUGAUCAGCCCAGUCCUUUAUUAAUACUGGGAUCCUGCUGCAGAUUCUUUUUUUUUUUUGGUGCCAAUGAAACUUUUUUUUUUCUUUUGUACUGUCUGCUGUGAAAGAGCGUAUUUUUUAUCUCGCGGUUUCCUACAAAACCAUGUCCGUCCAUUGGCAAGCCCCGAGCAGCGGUUCCAUAUUAUCUGAGAAUCCCACGCCCCCCCCCCCCCCCCCACUGAUUUGACGCUCGUUCCGCUUUGGGCCACCCCUGUGGUUGGGAUUCAGGGUGGUGUACUUGCACUUGGGCCGCCUUGGAGGUAUAGUGACUGUCCACAAAGUGACCUGCUAAUCCCCCUCCCAUCUUAUGUUUAUGCGAGUAAAAUGCUCUGUCCCAUUCCCCCCAACACACUCCUUUUUGAUGGAAAUCCUUUCCCUUGUCGAUGUUGACUUGAAUGUUCUAUAUAAAAAUGUGUCCUAAACGUGUGCCAUUUGCAGGCAUCAUUUUUCUAUAUUUGACAGAAUUCUAGGUCCUGUUACACCGUCCAUUAAUUUUGAGCUGCACUGAAUAUUUCUGGGUUUUUUUUCUUCCUUGAAAACACAUUUCCAAUAUUUCUUCAGUCAAUCAUCCAUACCUUUCAUUCUCUUCUGCAUUUCUCACUGGAUCAGCUUCUCUUGAUUCAGCCAUGACCAUUAAUAGAGAUACAAAAUGGCACAAGGGGGCUAUUUUGUGUAGAUUUGCCUUUGUUUGAUUGUCUACAGAUGCCUGCAAUCCUAUAUGAUUCUGACUACAUCACUACACUGCUGAUAGACACUGAAAAUGGUGCAUUAAUAUUAGCAUUCCCCAUUCAGGAAGUCAGUGGGUGCAAUGUUUUCAUGUGUGGCUCUCAAAAAUGUUUUAUACUUUUAAAUUAAUAAUCUGGAUGGAUGCACUGGAUGUAAUCUGACCAGUGUGUUUCACUGGUCAUAGAAUAGAAUAGAACAGCGUUUCCCAACCUGGUUCUUGGGGACACAGAAACGGUCCACAUUUUUUGCUCCCUCCCAGCUACCUGUCAGACAGUUCACAAUUUUGCUCCCUUCCAGCUUGGGCAAUAACGUGGACAGUCUGCAGGUCCCCAAGGACCAUUCAGGAAAGCAUUGGAAUAGAAUGUUUUCUUUGUCAUGAAUUAUUCAGCCAGAUUCCUGGUGCAGUCAUUUAACCGCAGAGAAGGACUUCAGUAUGACCAAUGAACAUGGUCCUGCAAAAUCGAAUCAGUGACCGAGCUACAACUGUGGACAAUCGCAGGACUUUCUCAUGAUUUUUUUUUGCAUUUGUUGCAUUUUAUAUCUGUUCCGGUGUGUCAUGAUUUAAUUUAGAUUUUGCUUGACUAUGCCUAAAACAUCUGCCUUAAUUUGCCUUGGAGGUAAUUCAAUAAAUGCCGAAUUGAUUUUUGUUGUAGCCCGGCAGGGUGAACAUCAAAUAUUUUUAGCUUUCAGUUAUGUAAUAUGAUUGGGAUUUUUCUGCCAUUGAUCAGUAUGAAUACAUCUGCAUUUAUGCAAACGGUUCAGGAGAAGAGGAACCCGUUUCUGACUAAGUCGAUUCACUCUGACAUCCAAAAGGGUCCCCUUGAAAUCCUAAGACCUUUGCAGUUCAUUGAACCUGUUUUUGCACCAAUUAAAUUAAAACUAAAUUCCUGUAUUUUUGUGCAAUCAUGAAGAAAGAGCGUCCAGAUUAUUGGGAACAACCGCAGUGUCAUGUAAUGUAAUAAAUCAGGUUGGUAGGGUCUUGCCCUGAUAUUUAAAUGAGGAAAAACGUUUUUGGAAUGUUGUUGAUGAUUGGCUAAAUGCAAGAGCUUCUCUACAUGCAAGAUUGUGUUAGCUGGCAUGAAAACAUGGUGCAGCUUUUCCUUACUGCAAAAUCGGAAUGGGUUUGGUUUAUUAUAAACCACUAGCUAUGAAGUCAUUGGUUUAUGGUUGUGCGUUAGUCAUGGAGGUAUUUAAAAAUAUAUUCCUUCAGCAGUGUCUAACAAAGUCACUUUUAUUUGUGUAUGUUUUGCAGAUUAAGAACACCAUCUGCAGGGCACCAUAAGUGGUCUAAAGGUACGAAAUGGAUAAUGAUGUAGAUCUGACCUUUUCCUGACUUGACACCAACCCUUUUGUGCUGGUCUCUUGGUUUAAGACACUUGAAUUUUGGUACUAGAUGGGAGUAUAAUCUCAAAAUACUUUGUCUUAGGAUAUAAAACCUCCUUCUGCCACCACAGAAAUGAGGAGUUUGUCAUUAUGUUCAAAUUUAGUUUGCUAGCCUAAAGAAGGUAACUUUGAACUCAAGAAAGUCACCCAAGGUUUUUAAAGGCACCUGUUACAAUUGGGAAGUUUUACCAUAAAGGUCUAUCACAACCGAUUCAGUCCAUUCAUGCAUUUUCUGUUACGCUUGUCUCUUGGAAGGUCUGUAUAAUUCAGUUGUGCUUCUAUUGCUGUUACAAAAAGCAAAUGUAAGUGGAUGUAGUUGGCAUCCCCUCCAGGAUGUACCCCUAGUUCUGAACUGUUGAUUGACAUUUCCAGUAUUGUUUAUUGGUGUUAACUGAUUUAUUCGGACAGCUGUUUUUUUUUUUUUUUUUUUUUUUUUUGGGGGGGGGGGGGGGGGGCAAUGCCAAGGACACUGUCUUUCUCAGUUUGCUUCACAGCAUAGGGGUUAUGCCAUUGUUCAUUUUUCCCACUGUAACCUAUGCAGUCUGGUUUGUCCUAUUCCUCUGUGACCAUUUUUCUACUAUUACAAAUGGACAUUAAAGGCAAUUAUGAUCUCAGAACAACAAUAAUUUUGUAGCAGUCGAAUCAGUUCGUUCAUUUAAAAAAAACAAACAGAAAACCUAAUAAAUUGGAAUUGUACCUAACAGGCUGCAAUGUACCAUUUCAUGUUGUAAUCCUUAAAUGUGCAAUAAAUUUCCUUUUUUUUUGUAUUUAAAUUGAUUAAAUACAGUCAGAGGUGUUUUAGUUAAAUGCUUCCAUAUACCUUAAAUGCUACUACUUACUGUUAACGUUCUUUACCUAUUAAGCUCCCAAGGUAAAUAAGAGCCAGAGAUCCCAGUUUAAUACCACACCUGUGUGAGAAAAGCCUAUUAUUUAACCCCCCGGCUUUAUUUUGUCCUUUAACCUGUGGAUUCUGUGUGAGCUGCUUUUUAAUGUAUGACUUGAUAAAGAGCAAAGAGUUGGGAAUGGAGAGCACCUCCCAGACAUGUGUGGCACAUCUUGGAGCUUUGAAAGCAAAGUCAAUAAAUACCUUCCCCAUCAAGGAAA